AUGGCCGCGACCUGGCAAACUAUCUCGUCAGAUGCCCAAGCGGCACUUCUCAAUUCCAUCCCCUCGAAGUGGCGUCUUUCGAGCCCCAUUGACCCGUCCAUGACCGACGUCCGCUCGAUUCCUCGGACAUGUGGCUUACUCACGCCCAAACAGCUUGAGAUCACCGAGCAAACCGCGAGCCAACUGUUGCCACAGCUCAAAGAAGGCAAGCUGUCAUCCGUCGAGGUAAACUGUCUCACAGCCUUCUUCGCCGACGAGGCUCUCGCUCGCGCAAAAGCGCUGGAUGAAAUCCUCACAAAGACGGGAAUCCCAGUCGGACCUCUUCACGGUCUUCCUGUUGGCAUCAAAGACAUCUUCCACAUGAAAGGCAAAAGCCUAACGAUGGGCUAUGUCUCUUGGCACGACAAUAAAUCCAUGGCCGACGCAUCUGUGGUCCAGAUCCUCAGAAAUGCUGGCGCCCUCAACCCUCAGCCUGACCAACCUUUGACCAAUAUGACAGCCGUUUUCUUUGUCCGCACCGCGAUGCCACAGACCGGCAUGUUCCUCGAAACGUGGAGCAACCUCUGGGGCCGGACAAAGAACCCAUUCAACACCGACUUCUCCGCAGGCGGCUCCUCCGGCGGCGAUGGCGCACUUAUAGCUAUGCGUGGGGCGCCCUUUUGUCCCUCGACCGACAUUGGCGGCAGCAUUCGAGCGCCCGCCACAUUCAACGGCCUUUAUGCCAUCCGGCCCACGGCAGAGCGAACCGCAAAGCGAGGCAUGGGCACGGCUGCGCCGGGCCAAAUCUCCAUCAAAGUCUCUUGUGGACCGAAUUGUCACAGCAUGUCGGACCUGAAACUCGUCACGGAGAUUUUGCUUACACACUACGGUCUGCCUUUCGAGCCUACUGCUGUUCGUAUGCCCUGGAAGAAGCAGCUCGGCCCGAAACAAGGAAAGUUGUGCUUCGGUCUGAUGACAACGGACGGCUGUGUCACGCCUCAGCCACCUGUUGCUCGAGCGUUGCAGGAGACCGCCGCAAAACUGAGGCACGCGGGACAUGAAGUGAUCGAGUUCAACCCACCGUUCGACUGCUGGGAAGUGGCUCAGGCAACGUGGCGGCUCUGGUUCCAGACCGGCGCCAAAGAGACAAAUGCAUUAGUCGAGUCUUCGGGAGAGCCGAUCUACCCGACUUUCAAGUGGUAUCUGGAGACCUUCAACAUCAAGGAAGUGACCGUCCCGGAGCUGUUCAAGCUCAACACGAAACUGGCCGAAUGGAGAUAUGAAUUCGCAGACGCAUGGCACAAAACAAGCGGCCAGACAGGCACAGGCCGGCCAAUCGACGCUCUCAUCUGUCCUUGCGCACCGUCCGCCAGUUUCCCACACGGCCACCCUGUGUGGUGGGGAUAUUUCAGCCUGUGGAAUCUGCUCGACUAUCCCAGUGUGGUCAUGCCCUUCAAGAACAUGCAUGUUGACGUCAAAAAGGACGCCAAAGACAUGCAAUACGUCCCAAAGGACAAUGUGUUUGACCAGAUGAAUUGGGAAAUAUACGACCCGGAGCUCUGGAAGAACCAGCCUCUCACAGUGCAGAUUGUUCGCCCACAGCAUAGUGAUGAAGAGCUCAUUUCCAUGGCAGAGAGCAUGGACCAAAUAUGCAAUGCAUAG